AUGGCCAAAGACAUAGGAUUGGACUCUAUCCUCCAAGAAUUGGGUGCUUUUGGUAGAUAUAACAUAGUGAACUAUGCAAUUUUGCUGUUUCCAGUCUUUUUGGCUGGGAUGUAUGGUUCAAUUUAUAUAUUCGAAGCCCCCGAUAUAGAUUACAGAUGCAAGAUAGAACAAUGCGAAGACGUGAACAAUACUUCCUGGCUCUCACACGCAAUACCAAAAGAAAAAGACGUUCUGUCCAAGUGUUUGAGAUACAAACAUAUUAACAACUACACCUGCAAUAUCGAUAGUUUUAAUACAUCUAUCACAGAAAUCUGCGAAGAAUAUGUGUACAGCAAUGAGAAUUCAGCUGUUAAAGAUUUCGACCUUGGUUGCCAAAACUGGAAGAGGACUCUGAUAGGGACUGUUCACAAUGCAGGUCUCUUCCUAUCGCUUCCACUUACAGGGUAUAUAUCAGAUAGAUUUGGCAGAAAACUGGCGCUAUCAAUUGCAUCACUCAUGAAUGGUACCUUCGGUUUCCUAAGAUCAUUUUCAACGAAUUACGUUAUGAUGCUCGUGUUUGAGUUCCUGGAAGCAGGUUUAGGAGCUGGUGCAUAUAGCACGGCGUUUGUUCUUGCCAUGGAAUUAGUAGGUCCAAAGGGUCGAGUUUUCGGAAAUACCGUCAUAAAUGCUGUUUAUGUGUCGGGUUUGAUGACAUUGGCAGCUUUAUCAUGGUGGCUUCAAAAUUGGAGGCAUCUGUUGAGAAUAAUUUACCUUCCAGCUGUAUUAGUCAUUUCGUACAUUUGGAUUUUGAAUGAAAGUAUACGAUGGUUGCUUAGCAAAGGACGCAAUGAGGAGGCAAUCGAUAUUUUAAAGAAAGCUGCUAAAAUGAAUAAAGUACAAUUAUCAGACGAAACGCUGACUCCACUGUAUGAAUUAGAAAAACUAAAUGAAGACCAAGAAAACGAGAAGCAAAAAGACGAUAUAACAAGUCAUGUAGAAGAGAAGACUUCCAAUUUUGUGAAAGUAGUAAGAUCUAGUGUUAUGAGAAAACGGUUGGCUAUAUGUUCGUUUCUGUGGAUAACAUGUACUUUUGUUUACUACGGCCUCUCCAUUAACUCUGUGUCAUUAGGUGGUAAUAAAUAUAUUAACUUCAUGCUGGUCGCAUUUGCUGAGAUACCAGCGAACAUUGUGUGUUUCUUGGUGUUAGACAGAUUUGGAAGAAAAAAAGUGCUAAUAAUAACUUACGUGUUGAGUGCUUGUUUGUGUAUCGGAUUGUCUUUUCUGCCAAAAGAUCAGAAAUGGUUGUCUCUCGUACUGUAUUUAUCUGGUAAGUUUUCCAUAACGGUGUCAUACAGUUCAGUCUACAUCUACGUAUCAGAAGUGUUCCCAACUAGCGUGAGACAAUCUCUUCUGGCUGUAUGCUCGUCGCUUGGAAGGGUCGGAUCAACUUUAGCACCGCUGACGCCUUUACUUACGUUAUACUAUCACAAUCUCCCGGCGAUUUUCUUCGGAUCCAUGGCAUUAGCUGCAAGUUUAUUGGUGUUCACACUACCAGAGACGAUAAACGUUGCUUUGCCAGACACUAUAGAAGAAGCCGAGAUGAUAUCCAAGAGGAAACAUACGAAUGUUAACAAAAGAUAA